AUGAAGAAAGAAGAGGUGCUGCCGGGAGAUGAAGAAAGAAGGUGCUGCCGGAAGAUGAAGAAAGAAGAGAAGACUGGAAGACGAAGAAAGAAGACGAAGACGAAGAAAGAAGACGAAGACGUAGAGAGAAGACUGGAAGAUGAAGAACGAAGAGGUGCUGCCGGGAGAAGAAGACUGGAAAACGUAGAGAAGACUGGAAGACGUAGAGAAGACUGGAAGAUGAAGAGAAAACUGGAAAACGAAGAGAGAAACUGGAAAACGAAGAGAGAACACUGGAAGACGAAGAAAGAAGACAAGAACAUGCAAAGAGAAGAAAAAGAAAAGAAGAGCAGGUACUGCUGUGAAGAUGAAGAAAGUAAACAAACUACUAGAAAUAGAAACCGGUCCCAUUGCAAAGAUUUAAAAAAUUAAAACUACGAGAAAGAAGAUACCAUCCCAUUGCGAAAAUGAAGAAAGCGAAAGAUAAAAUAACAAUACGAAGACGAAUAAGAAAACAAAACUACAUGAAAGAAGAGAAAAUCUCAUUGUAACGACGAAGAAUAAAAUACUAGAAAGAAGAAAAAAUCCCAUUGCGAAGACGAAGAAACAAAACUACAAGAAAGAAGAGAAAAUCUCAUUGCAACUACGAAGAAAAAAUCUACUAGAAAGAAGAAAAAAUCCCAUUGCGAAGAUGAAGAAAGAAACCUACAAGAAAGAAGAGAAAAUCCCAUUGCGAAGACGAAAAGCAGGACCCAUUGCAAAGCUGAAGAAAGAAAACUACAAUAAACAAGAUACCAUCCCAUUGCGAAUAUGAAGAAAGAAGAACAGAUCCCAUAGCGAAUAUAAAGAAAAAGAAAUUCAAGAAAGAAACUAGAAAACCUGAGAAUACGAAGAUCUGGAGAAAAUAUACAGGCGAAUUGAGAACUAGAACUUUCUCCUUUUUGAUAAAUUCUACUACCUGUCUUGAAGUCGAAUAAAAAGAGAAGCAGGUGCUACUAGAAGAGAUGAAAUGCUGCCAAGAAAAAUAAUACGGAAAAGAAGAGGACCAGAUGAUGUUGCAAAUAUGACGAAAGAGAAGAGAAAAAAAUGUAAAAGAAUAAACUACAAAAACAAAUCCAAAACAUUGAUCAUAAGAAGAAUGCGUGAUGCUGCGAUGUUUCAGAAGAAAUACCAAGACUGGAAUAAUUAAAAAGAUAAAUUAAUAGAAUAAACCCAAAACAGAUACUGUAACGAUGAAGAUAUGCGAGGGAGGAGUAGGAGGAGGAGGAGGGAUUCAAGAACACUACAUCAACCCAAUGAAGAAGGCAGUUCAAGAAGAUACAAUUAAA